UAAACGGCGCGCGCCGCCGGAGAGGAUCUUUGUACGCAGCCGGGCCCCUCCAGAUGUACACGAAGGGCGGAACGGUUGCGCGUCCUUCAAACUAAUGGUUAUUUUACUGCAAAGCAGCGAAAAUAUCGGAGCAAGUGCACACUGGCGCGGAGUCGGCUGCAUAGGCAUAGGCAGGGGGGUGCAAAAGGGCACUUGCCCCCCUCAAGCCACACAGGCGCUUGCCCCCCACCCUAGCUAUAUGCCAGCUCUCGCACCCUCCCCCAGCUGCCAUGCAGCACGGGUUUGCACCCCCCAAAGAAAAAUCCUGCUGACGCCCAUGGUCGGCUGCGACUAACCCUCUAAGCAAUCCGAGCACGUGUUCUGCGCCCUGCCCGAUGGAUCACUCGAGCAGCGAACUAUCGUUCGGCUUGGCGAACUUAACUAUGUCACACCAGUAUUAACGUUUCGAGGCACUUUGCAAAGCUUGCUGUGCCAUGGAAACUGUUGUGCCGAAUGGCCCGUUCGACAUAGGAGCGUCGUUUUCGUCGUACGAAGAUCUACAGGCUGCCAUCCAACGAUAUGAAGAGGAAAAUUAUGUGCAGUUUUGGGUAAAAUCGUCAAGAACAAUUGCAGCGGCGAAGAAAAAAGGGUUAACAAGAGACGUGGACCCAGCCCUCAAGUUUGCCGAAAUUGAGUACAGUUGUACUAACGGGGGUCGGAAAUUCACUUCAAGAUCAACAGGUGAACGUCCAAAUCAGAAGACAUCAAAGAUUGGCUGCAAGGCCAGGAUAACGUUCAUCACAUCCCGGGACGGCCAUGCUUUGCAAGUAAAGGCAAUCGAGACAACCCAUAACCACAUUGUUAGCAAGGGAUGCUAUGAACAACUGCCACGGCAGCGCAAGCUAACUGGGCAACAGCUCAAUGACACUGAGAAGAUCCUUUCUCUAGGAGGAAACAAGAAGCUCAUUCAAAUGAACCUGCGGAGCAGUGGCAAGGUUGUGCUACUUCGAGAUCUCCGUAAUGUGCAGACAGCAGCAGCCACAAGCAAGGAAUCACAUCAAAGUGAAACACUGCAAUCCAUAGCAGCCAUUGCCAAGCAGGCCGGAGGGACUCUAGACAUUUUGGCCAGUGAAGAAGAUAACCAGCUCGUUGGAAUAUUUUUUCAAGAUGAGGACAUGAGAAGCGCGUUUAAAAGUUAUCCUGAAAUAGUCUUCGUCGAUGCAAUCCACAAGACAAAUGACAGAAGGUUGCCGCUCUACUUUAUCUGCGUGGAGGAUUCCAAUGGCUAUACGGAGGUUGCUGGCUUCUUCCUGUGUGUAUCAGAAGAUGAGAACACUGUGCGGUCACUUUUUCACAGAUUUGUUGUGAACUCUGGAGAAGAAAACAUGCUGAGAACGUCAGCAGUGAUGACAGAUAAGGAUUUUACCGAGAAAAAAAUUCUUGCAGAAAUAUUUCCCAAUGCAAAUUUCUAUCUUUGCCUUUUCCAUGUCCUGCGAACUUUCAGAAGGCAAAUAACACCCCAAAAAAUGUCUAUUACACCAGAUGCCAGAAAUUCAAUCUUAGAAAAGCUUGGCAUCAACAACUGA